AUGACUUUUGAAGUAAAACUUCAAAAUGAGAAACAAAAUCAGUUAGACAAAGUGGAAAACCAUCUUUCACUUCAUUCCACAACACCCACCAAAUCCGAAGCUUCCGAUAGUUCUCGACAAAAACAAAAGGAUAAGGAUAAUAAUAAACUGUCUUACUGGCAAAAAGAAAAAAGAAGUCUUGUGACUUGCGAAUGUAAAAAAACUCAUAAAUUAAAUACUUUUAGGAAAAGAAAACUUAUUCCACAACAAAAGCAAGCUUCAAUUCUAAUUCAUGAAAUGAAAUUAAAAAAAAAUGCCGUACACACACUUACAUUGAACCCUCAACCAUCUUUAUUAUGUAAUCAACAAAAUGUGAUGCUCGAGAAGUCACAACAUCCUACAUGGAAUAUUAAAUUAAGGAAAUUAAGAUUGUUAUCAUCGAUAGCGAACAUAAAUGUCAGAACUUAA